CGUGCUGUUUAAGACAUGCUGACUAGAGAAAGCAGAUCUAAUCAGCAGUAUCUUCUUUCGUUGCAGUCCCCCCCUAUAUCAUCUCGUCCAGAUGUGAGCUCUAGUUUACAGACAACUCGCCACCAGAGAAGACUGUCACUUCUUGAAGCUGUACAUCCAGCGACCACAGUAGAGAUGAACACAAAAUUUCUCCUCGCGCUCGUCUUCGCGCUUCAGGUCUCUGUGAGCCUGAGUCAAGAUGCUGCGCCAAGCCAGGAACUUGUCGACAAGUAUGAGGCCAUGAAAGCGACUUUCUACAAGAGACUGCUCAAUGCUUAUGGCAAGGUGCAUGGUGCCGUUUCCCAGAGUGACCAAGCCCAGAUGGCCAGGGAGUUGAUCGAGUCUCUGAAAGACAAACCUGAACUGCAAGCGGUCGUCAAAGUUGCCAGUGGUCUGGGCACAGAAGCAGCGCCAAUCGUGGACAGGGCACGUUCAUCACUGCUCGGUUGGUACGAACAAUAUCUGCGCCCCCAUGUUGGAGACAGCCUGAGCAGAGCCAUUGACCAGAUCAAGCUCUACCUGGAUCAAGUCAUGCCCGCCGAGUAAAACAACAACAAUAGUAAUAGUAUAAACAAGGACCAGCUGAAGGGGAAGUGUGUGUCAGAUAAUAGAACAUAGUUGAUAGAAUCUUCACCAAGUUAGGCUAAAAGGAGCAAUACUCAAUGCAAACACGAUUCCUUUGCCUGUUUCUAAAUCAAUGCAUUUGCCAGAUCAUGCAGAGCUGCAAGCAUGGCAAACAUGCCAACACCAUGUGUGCAAGUUCUGCAUGCACAGUAUUAUAUGUUUGAUACACUAACAAAAGUCUGUGUGUGACUGUGUCCAGAUGUGCGUGUGUGUGUUCAAUAAAAUGAACUGAAAAGUA